UGCGUAAAGUUUUCAUUUUGGGUAAACAUCGAUUGGAAACAUGCAUUUGGACCUCUCUUUUCGUUUAUCUUCGGCUUUCAUACUUUGCGGUUUCGAUAUAUUUUAAUUUUCGGUCCUACUCUAAUUUAUUAUUGCUAUUGUCCUCAUAUUUUAGAUUGUUAUGGAUUCUGCUAGGUUUUCGUGAUGUUUGACGCAAGCUUAUUCAUUCCUGUUUACUACUGCAAUUGCAUCCCUCAGUUGCAAAGUGUAUAUAUAUAGUCAUGUUGAUGCUCUUCUUUGUGGCCAUUGAUGAAUGUAUAGUUAUUUGAGUGCCUAUUUGUUUCAAAUCCCUAAUCAUGUGCUUGGUGUCUUGCUUGUGUAUGCUCGCACGGCCUCUGCGAGUAAUGAAUUGGGACGUGCGAAGUCCAAAAAAUGCGAAAAGACAAGACGUAGUUGGUCAGUAAGGGAAGAAGAGGUUCUUAUUGCUGCGUUGAAGGAGCUCGUUGUGCAGGGCUGGCAGUCGGACAAUGGUUUCCGAGUUGGUUACCUAGGAAAGCUUGAGGAAGCCGUUAAGAGUGCGUUUCCAGGGACCGAUCUAAAGGGUAUCCCUCACAUUCAUUCGAAAAGAAGCACAUGGAAGAAGAAUUACGGUUCACUGACAACAAUAUUGGGCAAGAGUGGAACAGAUUUCAACGUGGAUGGAAAGUUUAUGAUAGAUUGCGACGCCGAAUUGUGGGAGCUAAUUGUAAAUAAUGACCCAAACGCACGCAAUAUGCGUAAGAAGAGCUGGAAUUACUUGGAAGAUUGGAAGGAGAUCUUCGGGAAACGGAGGAUGUUGCGGACGCAAUACACAAAAUGA